UGGUGGAUGAAAUAGGCAACUUUACCAAGCUGCUGGCGAAUCCGAAUACGCAUCCGAGCUAAGCGAACAAGAGGGCUGCGCCACAGGAUUCACCUACAGCGUGGUAGCAGUUGAGCCUCAGUGCCGCAACCACAGGGCCUGGAUAUGAAGAAGCAUCGCAGCGUUGAAGGCCAACGUCUGGGGGAAGAAGCACGAGGGGCGAUCACAAGAAAGGCUUUUACAGUGAGGGAGGGGGCACCAGAAUUUUUUUUAGCGGGGAUUUGGCAGUGACGGAGUGUCAGAACCAGCUGGCGGCACUUGGCAAGGGCAUGUUGCCAGGUGCCAUGAGUGUCAGGGGCCGGGAACGAGACGGGUGGCUGAACCUAACUCUGCAAAAGACUGCGAACGGAGUGGAAGAAGUGGACGAAAUAGCGUUGAAUGUAACAAUGGACCUAAAAACAACAACGGAAGACCCUACAGAUGGAAAAAUUCCCACAGCGUUGCCACCUCUCUCCACCAUCACAUGUGGACGGGUCAGGUAGGUUCCGUGUCUGUCUUACUGACCAAAUAAGCUUGGACCAAUGAGAGGUACGAUGCCGAGGAGGACGAGACGGACAAAGAAAAAUUAAGAUGAGACGAUGAUGCUGAUGAUGUAUAGCAGUGGGAUUCGCUUGCACGUAUCAUCAUUCACUUGGACGCGCUUCUGCUGUUGAAUCGUCUCUGAAAAUACCACUGCACGUCACUUUUCAUCUUGUAUGCGUGGGACAUCGCAAAAUAAAAUCCCCAAAGGAACAAGGCACCCUUUCUGGCCUAGUGUCGGGUCUCCACAGGGGGAUCGCGGCGCCUCCGUCACUUGCAACGCUCACUGGUUCCCUCCUGGUCCUCCUCCCCGAGCACGCGCUAGCUCGACAUGAACCUUGUGUCCGGCGCUAAUGCUCAAUCUCUCCUUCCCGGCUUUUACUCCUGGCAGAUCAGACUCUAGCUGGGACGCAAUCCCCAAUAUAUAAUACCGCCUCUCGACCCACCACUCCGAUCGCAAUCCUUUGCCCCCCUCUCCGACGUUACCAUCUGCACAUACUAUCGAUCGUCAUAUAUUUUCUGCAGGCUUAACGAUUUCAAUAUGGGUAACACUCCUAGCACCCCCCUGCAGACGUGCCUCAACGCCGUCUGCCAAGGCCAGAGCAACUGCGUUGCCUACCCCGAUACUGCCUUUUACUCCAGCUCUUGGGUCAAGCCUUACAACCUUGACGUCCCCGUCGCGCCCAUCGCUGUCAUCCGCCCUUCCACUGCUCAAGAUGUCUCCAACACCAUCAAGUGCGCUGUUGCCAACGGCGUCCACGUCCAGGCCAAAUCUGGCGGCCACUCCUACGCCAACUUCGGUCUCGGUGGUGAUGCUGGCGGUGUCAUGAUCGACCUGGUCAAGCUCAACAGCUUCAAGAUGGAUACCAACACCUGGCAAGCCAGCUUUGGCUCGGGCUUCCUUCUCGGCGACCUCGACAAGCAGCUUCAUGCCAACGGCAAGCGAGCCAUGGCCCACGGUACCUGCCCCGGUGUCGGCAUUGGCGGUCACGCUACCAUUGGUGGUCUUGGUCCUAGCUCCCGCAUGUGGGGUGGUGCCCUCGACCACGUUGUUGAGGUGGAAGUUGUCACUGCUGAUGGCAAGAUCCAGCGCGCCAACGAAAAGGAGAACUCGGAUCUCUUCUGGGCCCUUCGCGGUGCUGGUGCCAGCUUUGGUGUUAUUACCGAGUUUGUCGUCAAGACGCACCCCGAGCCUGGAAAUGUUGUUGAGUAUACCUACAAGAUCAGCUUCGGCAAGCAGUCCGACAUUGCCCCCGUUUACCGCAAGUGGCAGGCACUGGUCGCCGACCCCAACCUCGACCGCCGAUUCUCUACCCUCUUCAUUGCUGAACCUCUUGGCGCUCUCAUCACUGGUACUUUCUACGGCACUGAGGACGAGUACCACAAGACUGGUAUCGCCGACAAGCUUCCCGGCGGCGGCACCUUUAACGUCACUGCCACCGACUGGCUCGGCAGCUUGGCUCACAUUGCCGAGACGACUGGCCUUUACCUCUCCAACCUGGCUACUCACUUUGGCUCCAAGUCUCUUGCUUUCCGCCAGGAGGACAUGCUCUCUGAUAAGGCCAUUGACAACCUCUUCAACUACAUGGGUCAGGCUGAUGCCGGUACGGCUCUGUGGUUCGUCAUCUUCAACUCCGAGGGUGGUGCUAUGGCCGAUACACCCCAACACGCCACUGCCUACCCUCACCGUGACAAGCUCAUGAUGUACCAGUCUUACGUUGUCAACCUCGGUGCUCUCAGCGACAAGAACCGCGCUUUCGUCGAUGGCGUCCACGAUUACGUUGUUGCCGGCGCCCCUAACGCCAAGACUACCUACGCUGGAUACAUUGACCGCUACCUUAACCGCACCGCUGCCCAAGAGUUUUACUGGGGUGACAAUCUUCCCAAGCUCCGCCAGAUCAAGAAGGCUCUUGACCCUAACAGCGUCUUCCACAACCCCCAGAGUGUUGAUCCUGCCGAGUAAGGUGGUGUAUUCAUGCGAGAUGAAGAGAAAAGAAAAGACGAAAUAAAACCAACCUGUAGAUAUUGGCUUCCUUUAUGGAGCUUAAUGAGUUAACGACUGCUUUUACUCUGCGAGUCACAUCGACAGUGCGGCGCUUUGCAUUACUAUCAGAAGCUUUGCUAGAAUAAUAAUAGAAAUAUUAUAUAUU